AUGUUGGGGUUGUUGACUCGGAGAUCGUUUGCGGCUGUUCCGUUGGAGAAUACGUUGGAGCAUACUUUUGAGAGGAUUCAAUUGCGACAAUUCGUGCAGAGAAGAUAUAUGUCGGAGCUUCCGCGAACGAUGAAGGUGGUGGUGAUUGAGAAGACGGGGGGGGUAGAGGUUUUGGAUUAUAGAUCGGAUGUACAAGUGCCCGUGCCUGGGGAGGGAGAGGUGUUGGUGAAGAAUGAGUUUGUGGGGGUUAAUUAUAUUGAUACCUAUUUCCGUACCGGUCUCUAUCCCUCUCCCAAACCCGAAAUUCUCGGCCGCGAAGCAGAAGGCACGGUAGUUUCUCUCGGUCCCUCUACAAACACAAAUCUCAAACCCAAUGAUCGAGUAGUCUACUUGGGUACCUCCGCCUACGCUGAAUACACCGUCGUCCCUGCAGCAAAAGUACACACUGUUCCUUCGGAACUCGCCCCGGGUAUCGCAGCUGCAGCUAUUCUCCAGGGUCUCACGGCCCUGACCCUCAUUCGGGAAGCGUACCAUGUGCAACGCGAUGAUUGGAUUUUGGUUCAUGCUGCGGCGGGUGGAGUAGGUUUGUGGUUGUGUCAGCUUUUGAGAGUGGUGGGUGCGAAGGUCAUUGCGACGGCGAGCUCGGAGGAGAAAUUGAAGUUGGCGAAGGAGAAUGGGGCGACGGUGGGGAUUAAUAAUAAGGAGGAGGAUAUUGUUAAGAGAGUGCUUGAGAUUACGGGGGGAGAGGGUGUACAUGCGGCUUUUGAUAGUGUGGGGAAGGAUACUUUUGAUGGGGAUUUGGAGGUGGUGAGAAGAAAGGGGACGGUGGUUAGUUUCGGUAAUGCUUCUGGAGCAGUCCCCCCUUUUGCAAUUUCCAAACUCGCAGCAAAGAAUCUCAAGGUUCUUCGUCCAACCCUUUUUGGAUAUAUAGCUACCCGUGAAGAAUUCGAGAGGUACACGGCGGAACUCUUUGAUUUUAUCAUUAAGGAUAAGUUGAAUGUGAGGAUUCAUGAGAUUUAUCCGUUGGAGGAGGUGAGGAGGGCGCAUACGGAUAUUGAGGGGAGGGGGACGACGGGAAAAUUGUUGUUGAAGGUUUAG